CCAUCCCAUUAAUAAGAUUGAUAGAAAAGAAAAAGUUGAGAGAUUUGCAUUGAACACUGGCACCAACUAAUAACAUGAUCUCUGCAAUGUCUCAAAUUAUUCACUAUCCACUACUAACUACUUCUUCCUCAUCUUCGUUACGGUCUCCUUUCACCUCCACCCCAUUCUCGAGCCGGUUGCGUUUUAGCACCAAACGCCUUGCACAAUCAGAAGACUCCGUGCACUUUCAGUACCAACCUGCCAUUUGGGAUAAGCAUUUUGUUGAAUCAGUACCAAAGACUAAUUACGUGGUGGUCAUUCACAAAACAGAUACGGAAUUUCUGGUGAAGAACAUAAAACAACAAGUGAAGGGUUUGCUUAAGAAUGAAGUAAAACCACUGGCGAAGCUUGAGUUGAUCGAGGCAAUUCAAAGACUUGGAAUGAGUUACCUUAUAGAGGAAGAUAUUCUCAAAAUCCUAGAGAGCAUGUACCAUGACGAUGCACAUAAGAUGAAAGAUAAUUUAUAUGCAACUUCUCUCGUAUUUAGGCUUCUUAGGCAGCAUGGUUUUCAUGAAUCUCAAGAUAUUUUUAGUGAAUUCAGACACGGGGAAGGUGGGUUCAAGGAAACUAUUAUUCACGAUAUAAAGGGAAUGUUGAAUUUAUUUGAAGCGGCACAUCUGCUUUCUGAAGGGGAAAUCAUCUUAAGUGAAGCCAUACUCUUCACAAGAAAAUAUCUAUUAGAAAAUGGUAGUAACAAAAAUAAAAACAUUAACGUUAACCUAGCUAAACAAGUUGAUCGGUCUUUAGAGACACCAUUUCACUGGAGGGUUCAAAGAUCAGAAACUAGGUUUUACAUUGAAACAUAUGAGUCUCAAAAGGAUAUGAAUCCUCGUCUUCUUGAAUUGGCUAAAGUAAAUUACAACAUGGUUCAGGCUCAACACAAGAUGGAACUCAUGCAUGUAUCAAGAUGGUGGAACGAUAUGGGGAUUGCGAAGGAAUUGUAUUUUGCAAGAGACCGAUUGGUUGAGUGCUUCCUAUCAAAUAUUGGGGCUUGUUGGGAGCCACGAUAUGGACGUUGUAGAGAAUGGGUCACUAAAAUUAUGAGCUUUGCUCUAGUAAUCGAUGACAUCUAUGAUUCUUAUGGAUCUUUAGAAGAACUAGAUUUAUUUACCUGUGCUAUUGAUAGGUGGGAUUCCAAAGCCGUGGAGAACCUGCCAUAUUACAUGAAGAGAUGUUUCUUAGCCCUCUUUAACACCGUCAAUGAAAUGGCUUUCGAGAUACUCAGUGAAAAACAAUUUGACAUCUUACCGCACUUAACCAAUUCGUUAGCCAAUUCAGUGAAGGCAAUGUUGACAGAAGCAAAAUGGUGUCAUAAUGGGUACGUCCCAACUUCGGUGGAAUAUCAACAUAAUGGCUCGGUGUCAUCUGUUGGAUAUGUCUUUCUAAUGGCUGCAUAUUUCACGACGAAUCGAAAUAUUAGUGAUGAUGUAUUACAAGCCUUCGAAAACAAUCAUCCUCUAAUAUAUUAUUCAUGCUUGCUGUGUCGACUUUCAAAUGAUCUCGCAACAUCUUCGGCAGAGAUAAAAAGAGGUGAAGUGGCAUCAUCCAUAUACUGUUAUAUGCAAGAAACAAACGUCUCCGAAGAGGAUGCUCGUGAACACGUAAAAAGCUUAAUUCAUGAAACGUUUAAAGGGAUGAACCGCUACCUGUAUGUUUCAUCUCCGUUUGAUCGUUCAUUCGUUAACAUAGUUCUAAAUUUUGCAAGAACAACUUUGUUAAUGUAUCAAUAUGGAGACGGAAUUGGAGCAGAACAUUCAAAGAGCAUAGAGCAUGUUUUGUCUAUGAUUGUGAACCCAAUUCACAUUGACGGUCAUACCAAUAAAGACUCGUCUUAAUUCCUAUGUGCAAGCUUAGGCUGUUUUCUUUUGCGUGUGCUAUAAACCCAGACAUACGAAGGAACAUGGACUGUUGGAAAAAUUCUGCAUGCAGAUGGUUGACGAUAAGGCCAUUGAGAUCAAGGCCACUACUUUGUAAGCAUUCACUGCUCGUAAUAUCUCUCUUUCUUUUCCGGAGGUCAGGUGCUUGCCACCCCUCCUUUUUUUUCUUUCUUUUUUUCUUGCCACCCCACUACUUUGUUUUCUGGAUUAUUAUCCGGUUGUACCAACGUCACUAUAGUAUGGUGAUAAAAUUAUUGAAUGAUUAUAUAUCUAUAAUUUGAGUUUGAAAA